AUGCACCCAUUCUCAACUCACGGAGCUGCUAUCGUCAUGCUAAGCUACAGCAAACAGGACACCCAUCGGCAGAGUCCAUGGUUGUGUACGUCGGAGGUGACGGUUUCUGUGCAGGUGGAGAGCAUUGCGUCCUCAGGCCCUGCAGAAUUGGACUCCCGAGGCCAACAUCACUUUGGCACCAGCCAUCGCAUUGCAUUCAACAACUCCGCCAACAUGGCGAGCAGCACGGGUCUGCUGGCGUGUCCCAUGUGCGACUUCACAGUACCCCCAAGCGAUGACUAUGUUCUUCAACUGCACUUUGAGCAAGCGCAUACCACCGACUCACCCUUCGUAGUUUGGGACGAUCCCGAACCGCAACUACCCGCGUUGUCACCAAGUCCUUCAAAGCGCAAGCACGUGGUAGACUCGCCUUCCUCUGAUGAAGAAGAAGGCACCAUAGAGUGUCCGAAACUUGACUGUGCCGAAGCUGUUUCUCUCUCUGACUUUAACGAUCAUAUUGAUUACCACAACGCCGAAUCUUUAUCUUUUGACGAGACAACCGGAAAGUAUCAUUCUCAUCAUUCAUCUGCUACCAUGCAUAACUUAGCCGCCAGCCAUCAGCCUCGUCCCGGUCCUUCAUCAUCUUCUGAUAUCGAUGCAGUUCACAGCUCUCAGAAAAGUUCUAGCCAUGGACGCAAGUCGAGGAGACAUACUCAUCGCGAACGAAGCAAUACCAGCAACAGCGAGAAGAGUACCAUUUCCAGAAGUAUCCUCACAUUCAAUCCCUUUACAAAGUUGGACAAGUCUACCAAACCACCCAACAAGAGUGCUCGUCUUGGGAAAUCAGAGCUUGGUCCCUACGCAUGGGAAGAACGCAUGCCUAGAUGGCUGCAUGAUCAACUAGAUGCAGGUCCAAAGACCAGCAUCAUUAAUCGCAUUGGCAGAGACGGUCGUCUGAUAAAGCAAGAACAAGUACAAAACGAAACCCCAGGAAUCAUACCCAUUCUGGCUCAGCUUUCUGCACUGGACCGCACCGUGAAUGAAGCCUAUUACUGCCAUCCGUCGACACUCCACAUCGGCAAAACUCCGAAGGAAGGAGGUUUCUGUGGAUAUCGUAAUAUACAGAUGCUUCUUUCUUACAUUCAGGGUGGUAAGGCCCAAGGCCACGAGGAAUUUCCUGGCCGAACGCCAGGUAUUCUGAAGCUACAGGACCAUAUCGAGGACGCUUGGGACAGGGGAAUCAACGUGAUUGGUCGUACCCAGACCGGGGGGAUUCGAGACACAAGGAAAUAUAUCGGUACUCCAGAGGCGCAAGCAUUCUUCCUCGGCUCGGAAAUCAAUUGCGCUGUGGAACAGUUUAGUGACAACAAAGAUCGAGGUAUUGGCGCUCACGAAAAACUCCUUCCUGCUAUCGAGCGAUAUUUCGCGCGCGCGGCUGUCAGCGAUGGCUCAAAUGUAUACAAAACGCUUUUACCACCCAUCUAUCUCCAACAGCCAGGCCACUCUCUUACUAUCGUCGGCUUUGAACGCCGUCGCGACGGAACUAGUAACCUUAUAGUCUUCGAUCCCAUGUACUCAACUAGUCCAGCUAUGCACAAAUUGGUCGGCCGCAAGAACAUUAGGACUGCUCGACCAGAAGUCUUGUAUGCCUACAGGCGCGGCCUGGGACAGCUGAAGAAGCACGCUGCAUUUGAGAUUCUUAUGCUUACAGCGACACCACCUUUGUUUCCCGCUUGGGAUGUGCUCCGCCAAUUCCCAGACUGUCGAUACGUAUACGCGUUCUUCCGCUCCCGCACACUUGGUUAUGAUGUCUACCCCGAAGACUACUUCCUGCGGAACUUCCCCUGGCAACAGUACGGCGGCCUGUGGAUCUGUGAUGAGGCCCGCUUUGCUCGAGCAGAACCCAUCAGCGCUCUAACCGCUCAGGCCCUUCGUCGCAUUACCGGUAAUGGCUCCUCUACCAGGAGUAGCCACAGCAGUAAUCUCACCAGUCCACCCACCAGCGUGGCAUUGCAUCACUUCCACUCGACAGAAGCACACAUACACAACGAAGUCCACGACCGCCUACCCUCUUUCGCAGCCUCUCUCGACGGUUCGAUGAACAGCUUCGUCGGUGAAGUACAGUCUCCAGGCAGUGUCCCAGUGUUUGGCAUGGGCAGUUUCCCAAAGUCCUGCCCCCAGCCCGAAGCUAUCAGACCCACAUUGUCUCUCUUGACAGACGUGGGUAGAAAGUAUCCAGGCUUUCCCACUCCACUUUCGCCGACUUCCAGUGCAAAAGCAUUGUUCCCAUCACCUGCUUCGGAAGUUGCAAGCGGAGCUUCCACGCCUCGUGCCGCGACUCCAGCAAUGCAUACAACCAGCCCCAUGAGCAUCGGCAGCUACACACCAUACAGAUCUACCUGCAGUGGCGACUACUACGACCAUAAUCCAUGCACCUCACCAAUCGGCUUGAUUGAUAGCAUCAUCGACGGACACGACAACAAUCCACAAUGCAGUCCCAACAAAUGGGCCAUGCGCUCCCCUCCCCGUGCCCCAUCCUCUUCCUCCCUCAGCAUCGCAACAGCACUUACCAGCCCAACCAGCCCAUCCCGUUGCAUCUCCCCCCGUACCGCCAUGCUCAAAAGCAUGGUCAACAAACAAGCCUUCCAAAACAUCCCCCAUCACUCCUCUCCCGCCUUGUUCCCAGAAUCAAAAUUCCAGUACACGAGCCCGCUGGCGCCCAGUAUCCAGAUUGCAAACGGCACCGAGACCAAUACUUCGUCGCCCAUCGAUCCCUCUGGUACCAUGUUAUUGUAUACCUCAAAUCGCAGCGUCGACUCUGGUCUCCUGGGUGUACGGCCCUUGUCCGAGAUGCAAGUCGCUGAAUACAGGUUUUGGCGCCCGUGUGGCAAGAGAGUGUGCGCGUUUGGCUGUGGGGGCGCUCACGAGGGGGAGUGGGCGGCUGCGAAGCGGUUGUUCAAGGGCGCCGAGGACGAGGAGACGCACCACGCUGGGAGAGUGGAGAAGCUGGAUCCGGCUGAGGCGGUGGCGUUUGGAUUUGAUGGCUUGGAUGAGGGUGUGGGUUUGGGUUGUGCGGCUAGUUCUUGGGCGGGCAGACGUUUGGUUAAGGAUUGGGAUUCUUUUUUGAGCGGCUGUGAGAGGGAGGGUGUUGCUAGGUUUUGA